CCGUUCAGUAGUGGAUCAGUCGCGAUACUUGAAGCACCACGCUUGGACGCCUCUCCGAAAUAAAAGAAGAAAAGUAGAGCUUGCCUUUGUGCGCCGAAAAUAAACUUGCCAAAAACUUUGAUCAGGGUGUCGAACAUUUGCUGAACAUAUGUGCCGUUUUUGGGGCGGGAUUGACGGGUGAUUUCGGCAAAACCGCAAACGGUCAACGCGCGAGGGCGGCUAUUGCGUAGUUUGGGCCGAACUUUCUAGCCCACAACACAGAACACGCGAGAGAGGAUGCACAAGUUCUGCUGUGUUCAGCUGGGAUCAUUUGCAUAAUGGGUUCGACCGCAGCAAGUGGUUGAAUGAGUGUAUAAUCCAACGAAACUCUCGGUCUGUGAAAAGUGCGAACCUGCUACAACAACUGUGGUGAAUAAAAUAUUCCAAAAUAAAUCGACCUGAACCGGAGUGUUGGCGCUGUUGGUUCUGGGCCCCCGGGAAAUGACCACCCAGAUUUUGUACCCACGAAAAUAUGCACAUUAAUUGUUUGAGUUGAUUAAAACAUCGUUAUGGUCACUCAGAGUCCGCACUCGGACCGACGCAACAGGUUGUUCAACGCGCCCAGCGCUUCGCUUAAUCCGAAACCAGUGUUCAAAAGUCACCGGCAGGUGUCAGUUUAACGACCGUGUAUCUCACCAGACUAAAGUGUGUUCUCUAAACCCGAUCGAAUAAAAACGUUCGAACGAAUCGCCAUGGUGGAGCUGCGAGGACCCCGGAAGGUCCUGCUAGUGUCCACAGGAGGAGCCGCCACCUUACUCCUAGCGCUGCUGCUCGUCCUGCCAGCGCAAACCCACGCUUAUCUGGAGGACCGAGAGCCCGUCUAUCUGGAGGCCAAGGUGGGCUCGUACGUAAUCCUAAACUGCCCGGUGGAUUUCCCCAAAAACGACCCCAUCCCGUACGUGCUGCACUGGAACAAGGAUAACAAACCCGUUUUCACCCUGUACGACGGCGUGCUCAACUCGUACGAGACGUUCCUCGGGCGGGUGACGCUGCUGAACAACGACCUCGUGUACGGGAAGGCCUCGCUCAACCUGACGUCGAUCCGCGAGAGCGACAACGGGUGGUACGAGUGCAAGGUGAUCUUCCCGAACCGGGUACCGAACAAGCGCAACAACGGCACCUGGUUUCACAUCUCGGUGUUGGGAGGAACUCUGUUGAAGAUCCCACCGGUCAACAGUACCGUGCUGGAGGGUGAUCCGGCGUUCUUCAAGUGUCUGGCCCAGAAUCCGGAGACGAUGUUCAUCGACUGGUUCAAAGACAACGUUUCGCUGUUGGAUAUGUACGACCUGAUGCGUAGAUCAACGUUUGGCCCCGACGGGAGCCUGAUGAUCAGCCCGACCCAGAUGAGCGAUCUGGGCUUCUACAAGUGUGUGGUGAGGAACCACUUCAACGAUACGCAAGAUGCGACGGCGUUUUUGAACGUGCAGUACAAGGCCAAAGUGAUCUACGCCCCGAAAGAGGUCUACCUGCCGUUCGGUGAGCCCGCCGUCCUGGACUGCCACUUCCGGUCGAACCCACCGCUCACGAACCUGCGCUGGGAAAAAGACGGCUUUCUGUUCGAUCCGUACAACGUGCAGGUAAGCGACGAGGACGUGCGGGAAAAUUUGCUCAAACCGAUCAGCUCUGCUUUUCAGGGCGUGUUCUACAAGCGCAAUGGGAGCAUCUACUUCGAAAAGGUGGACGACGCGCACGCCGGCCGGUACGCGUGCACUCCGUACAACGAGCUGGGUACGGACGGGUCGUCUCCGAUCAUCAACGUGAUCGUGCAGAAGCCGCCGUACUUUAUCCUGAAGCCCAAGCUGCUGUACGUGACGAAGAUCGGGUCGACGGUUGAAAUGCACUGCGAUGCGCGUGAUCGCGACGGAACGCACGUGCCGCAGAUCACGUGGGUUAAGAAAGACGGAAGCAUGUUGCCCCACGGGCGUUACCAAAUCAACGGGGGAAACAUGACCCUGGAGGAAAUAGUUGAAUCCGAUCGUGGAAUCUACGCGUGUCAAGCCGUCAACGAAGCGGCCACGAUCAGUGCCGAUGCGGAGAUCAUGAUCGAGAACGUUUCACCGCGGGCACCGUACAACCUCACCGGAAACAGUUCCGAUACGGCCAUCACGUUGCGCUGGGCACCCGGAUACAUCCGGCAGUAUCUGGAGUACAUCAUCUGGUACAGGCCAACGGACGGCAUCGAGUGGCGAACGUUCAAGGUUAGCAACAAGCACAUGCUGGAGGCGACGAUCACGAACCUGCAGCCGGCGAAGGAGUACGAGUUUAUGGUUCUGUGUCAGGACAAUUACGGCGAUGGGAUGUUCAGCAAGGCGUUCCGGUAUUUCACGAAACCCCGCGAAUUCGAGCAGCCGGAAACGUUCCAAGAUACGCUGCUCCAGUUCAACCAGAUUGGGUCACCGCUCAACCUGACCAUCGAGAAGCGCUCCAGCCACUUCGAAGCCCACUGGAUGCCUCCGGAGCUGGGCCUGGACCAGCUUCGGUACUACAUCCUGCGCUGGUGGAUCGAACCGCAGCACAAACUGCACGGAAGUGUCACGACUCCCGAGAUCAGUCACACCUUUGAGGAUCUGGACGAGGACGAGUUGUACACGUUCCAGGUUUUUGCGAUGUCCACCACCAACUACACCAGCGGCAGCAACGAGGUCGAGGUCUACGUGUACCCGUACAAGAAGGUCAAGGCGAUGACGGUCAGCGGCGUGCUGAUUCUGCUCAUCUGUCUGGCCGUGAUAUGCAUGCUGCUGUACAUGAAGCGGAACCGGAUGAAAAAGCUGCGCGAGGCCGAAAACGUCAAAAUCUAAUCCACAGCGAAGCGAGCAAGUCAAGUAACAAAUGUAGGCAGCAGCUGCUGAGUUGACCAGACACACUGUUCAGUAGGUUUAGAGCGUAAAUUAAACUGUCUGAUUACCUUAGGUUAAGUCGUCUUAAAUUAAAGCAAAAAAAAAAAAACAAAUGAUUCGCUGAAAUAAAAAGUUGCAAUAUCGUUUAGUCUAGAAGUCAAUAA